AUGGCGUCGGUUUGCCCAUUCUGUCUAGAUGUAACCUAUCUGAUUAACUAGAUAAAAUCAAAUAGCCUGUGUCUAUUUUUCGCAGAGUGAUCGGUUUUUUUUUCUACUAUAGAAACACUGUCGGAACAUAGGUUAACGACAUGUCGGACUCAGAGGAGGAAAGUCAGGACCGGCAACUUAAAAUAGUGAUAAUCGGAGACGGUGCAUCUGGGAAGACAUCACUCGCCACCAGGUUUGCACAGGAGGCUUUCGGGAAGCAGUAUAAACAAACGAUCGGCCUGGAUUUCUUUCUUAAGAGAAUAACCCUUCCAGGCAAUUUGAACGUGACUCUGCAGGUGUGGGACAUUGGAGGUCAAACUUUAGGAGGGAAAAUGCUGGAUAAAUACGUAUACGGAGCUCAUGGGGUUCUCCUGGUGUAUGACAUCACCAACCACCAGAGCUAUGAGAACCUGGAGGACUGGUUCAGCAUGGUCAAGAAGGCCAACGAGGAGUCUGACAUCCAGCCUGUUGUCUCAUUGGUAGGGAACAAGAUCGACCUGGAGCAUAUGAGGACGGUGAAAGUUGACAAACACCAGCGCUUCUGCCAAGAGAACAGCCUCAUCAGUCAGUUCGUAUCAGCCAAGACGGGCGACUCGGUGUUCCUUUGUUUCCAAAGGCUGGCUGCUGAGAUUCUGGGUGUGAAGCUCAACAAGGCGGAGAUAGAACAGUCCCAGCGUGUGGUGAAGGCAGACAUUGUGAACUACAGUCAGGACCUUGCAGCCAGAACAGUCAACCCCCCACGCAGCUCAAUGUGUGUGGUGCAGUGACCCCACCAUUUCACCUUGUCACAUCCCUUGUCCCUGGAGGACACACACACACACACACACACACACACACACACACACACACACACACACACACACACACACACACACACACACACACACACACACACACACACACACACACACACACACACACACUGAACUCAGUUCAGUUAAACUUCAGUCAGUAUUCUUUAUUAUUAGAUGGUUUGAUGGGUCCCUGGGCCAAAUACUGAAAGGUAUAAAGACCCUAAUGUGUUCUCUGUAUCUGUAUUUAAGUUAAAAGGGCGAGGAAUAGAUCAGACUGAAUAUCAGAAGGUCCAGUUUUCUAGGCUCAGGUCUAUAGUUAUACAUAUUAAGCAUGAAGGAUUACUUGGGUUGCAUAUCGACAUGAAAUGGAACCUCAUUUUCUUCGAGUUUACACACAGCUGUCAUUAUGUUGUUGUUAUGCAUCAUGAUCGAUGGCAUAAGGGGAAAUUUGUCCGGUUAUUUACCACCACCCUCCUCCUCCAUCUCUGUAAGUGACCAUUUGAUUGUGUAUUGUUAUUAAGCUAGUUUCUCUUGCAGAAAGAAGACAGAUCAGUCACUGUGGUUAAAUAUUUUUAUAUUCAUAUUUUCUUCUGAUUGCAUUGUUAGGAUAUCUUCUGUUCAUUGUUUUAAGAUGCCAUAGUAUAUUAGUAAAGGUGUCGCUGCUCUCCCCUGUCAAGGUCACCGGUCCUGGAAACGGGGGGUGGGAUUUAAGGGUGGGGGAGUGUAUGAGGCUUAAAAAUGCAAAGUUGUGAAUCUAAGGGACCCUCUCAUAGCUUUAGCCUAAUAGAUACACAAUCUGCUGAUGGCUUCCAUAUCUAUGAUGCUCCCUAGUUUUCUAAGAGGGGAAUAGGUGUUACAGAAUCUGACAGAAAUGUAUUUCUAUUUUUCAUUUCCUAAUUAGCGGCUUGCUCUAGCAGUGCUGUGAUAUAAACUGAGUUGUGCUAAUUUACAUAGACUUUUUUUCAGCAACUUAAAGAUUUGGCCAUUUCAAUUUAAACCCAACAUUAUGACACUUAUAAAGAUGUUGCUCUAUAUUCUGGGGCUAUAUUUACAUUAAUUAAAGUGUUUUGAUUGGCAUCACGUUUCUCCAGAUUCUACCUUGCAUUUUGUCUGCGUUCAAUACAAUGUUUUAGGUGUAUGUUUUCAAUUUAUGUGCAAUUCGAGGCGAAGUUUCAUGGCAGGGGACCAUGCCAGCGCAAUCUUAGAAUUUAUUAUGAUAGACAAAUGUGAGAUAAAGAGAGGUUGAGCAGCUGAAAUGUACAGUGGGUUAUAUUAAUAUAGCCUUAUUCAACUGUCAGUAACUAAAUACAGCUUUGCACUGAAGAACAGCUAUGGCACGUUAGGUGCUUCAGAGGAUCUUAAUUUUGACCAAAUAGGGCGAAUAAUAGCCUAUAUUCUCCUUUGUGUAUCUGAAGGGUAAUGAUAUAGUUUCAUUAGGUUAAACAGAAUUUGUCAAACUAUUGUUUUGAUCACUGAUGUACUGAUGAUGUCAAUACUGUAGUGCAACAAAGCACCACAAACUACGCCACAAAUGGUGGCAUGGUUGGUGUCCGCCUUAUGUGUAAAGUAUGUAAUUGUACAGUAAAUGCCAUCCACAUUGUUUCGUGAAAGAUCUUAAUUUCUAAGCUACUCUGUUUCAAUGGGAUGUCAAGAGCUCCUCUCAUUGGUCACAAAAGGCUCAGUGUACACCCAUGUCAUGUAAAUGAAAUGCAAAAUCUACAGUAAGAAUGUAAAUUUUAAAAUGGGUAUCUAGUGGACUUUGUUCAGUGGCAGAGAUUGGUGUUUGUAAAUAAAAAUGCUACUUUG